AUGCACUCCCUGCCCCUGCUCUCUCAGAUGCGUUUGCCUGAGGAAAGCCUGGCUCAAGUCAGUUCCAGUGUUACCUCUGCGGUGAAGCCUUCUCUGACUCACUGUCACCCCGAGUUAGGGACACCUGGGGCAUUUCCCUGUUGGGCACAUGCGUGUUUCACCAUUACGGAAAGAAUAAAUAAGAAACUGAUAAUAGUGGUUGUCGGCAGCUGUUGUCGCGUGGCGGGCGGCCGGGCAGCGGCGCUGAGGGGGCCAGGGGCGGGAGGCCCCGCCGCGCGGCCGCGGCUCGGCGGUGACGGCGGCGGCCGGCGGCACCUGGGGCAGGGGCAGCCGCGCGAGCUGGCGGGCUGUGGCAGCCGCCCCGACGGUGGCUUCCGCCCGUCCCGGGUGGUGGUGGUGGCCAAAACCACCCGGUACGAGUUCGAGCAGCAGCGGUACCGUUACGCGGAGCUCUCUGAGGAGGACCUGAAGCAGUUGCUUGCAUUGAAAGGCUCUAGCUACAGUGGACUGCUUGAACGACAUCAUAUUCACACCAAAAAUGUAGAGCACAUUCUUGAUAGUUUACGGAACGAGGGGAUUGAGGUUCGUCUUGUAAAGAGGAGAGAAUAUGAUGAAGAAACUGUUCGAUGGGCAGAUGCUGUCAUAGCUGCAGGAGGUGAUGGCACAAUGCUUUUGGCAGCAAGUAAAGUCUUGGACAGACUUAAACCAGUUAUUGGAGUAAAUACUGACCCAGAAUGGUCUGAGGGUCAUUUAUGUCUUCCUGUUCGGUACACACAUUCCUUCCCAGAAGCCUUACAGAAGUUCUACCGUGGUGAGUUCAGAUGGUUGUGGCGGCAGCGAAUCAGGUUAUACCUUGAAGGGACUGGCAUCAACCCUGUUCCUGUGGACCUUCACGAACAGCAGCUAAGUUUGAAUCAGCAUAGUAGAGCCUUCAACAUUGAGAGAGUUCAUGAUGAAAGGUUUGAGGCUUCUGGACCCCAGCUUUUGCCAGUGAGAGCACUAAAUGAAGUCUUCAUUGGGGAGAGUCUAUCAUCCAGGGCUUCCUACUAUGAGAUUUCAGUUGAUGACGGUCCAUGGGAAAAACAGAAGAGUUCAGGGCUCAAUUUGUGUACUGGAACAGGAUCAAAGGCCUGGUCAUUCAAUAUUAACAGGGUUGCACCUCAGGCUGUGGAAGAUGUUCUAAAUAUUGCAAAACGACAAGGAAAUUUAAGUCUUCCAUUGAACAGAGAAUUUGUAGAGAAAGUAACAAAUGAAUAUAAUGAAUCGCUGCUCUACAGUCCAGAAGAACCAAAAAUACUUUUCAGUAUUCGAGAACCAAUAGCAAACAGAGUUUUUUCAAGCAGUCGUCAGCGUUGUUUCACCUCAAAGGUUUGUGUUCGUUCUUGUUGUUGGGAUGCCUGCAUGGUUGUAGAUGGAGGAACUUCCUUUGAGUUUAAUGACGGAGCGAUUGCUUCAAUGUUGAUCAAUAAAGAAGAUGAGCUUCGAACUGUCCUUCUAGAACAGUGAAGGAUUUCCUCAGAUGACAAUUUUGAUUACUGGAAAAAAUAGUUUUACUGUGGAAACAGACUGCCAGUCAUAAGGCUACAUUUUUUGGUUAUUGUUGAGACUGGUUGGCCUUGGGCUCAAAGGUGAUCAAGAAAGUGAGAUUUGUAUUAUUCUUCUGUUGGAUUCUGAUGGAAAAGAUAUUCACUGUGUAAGAAAAUGG